AUGGCUCGGAAGGACAGUAUUCUCUGGUCAACCUUUUUCCUUGGUUUAUUCGAGUUGAUGCAAGACGCCUCGGGUCAGAAAUGGCUACAGCACAUGGUGUUCGGCACAUCUCAGGCCCUCAUUGCCAGCGGACCGUCAGCAUGUAUGUCCGGAACAAUGCGAAACUUCUUCAUCCAGGCUCGCACCUUUGAAGUCUGUAGAAGCAUCAUUUUCAACCAGUCCAGCUUCCUGGCAGCACCAGAGUGGAUGAAACUGACAGGCAGCUUAUCACAAACUGCAACGAUGAAGGAUCACGCUUCUCUGGACCACGCUUCUCUGGAUGAUCUCCUGAAUCUGGUCGUUCUAUGCUCCAGGCUUAGAGCACGUACGGGCCUGUUCAUUGAGAAAUACUUCAUUGACCCUGAAGGCGAGGUUCUAUCAACCGAGGCGCUGGAAUUGGCAACUGAAGGCUUCUAUCUACGCGAUGCACUUGAGGGGUGGAGUUUUGCGGCAUCGUCUUCAUCUGCCCAACACGAUGAGAUGCUUUUGGCCAUGAAUUACCACGCGGCAACAAGCAUAUAUCUCUCCGGAAACUACGACUAUGACGUGCAUCAAUGGCAGGCGAUGACCGUUGCAGUACCAGUGCUCAGCCGAGACGAGAUCACGAAACAUGUCGAAAACAUCUUCCAGACAACAAGGAAAGCUCUUCGAUCCUCUAGUCUAUCGCCUCUUUUGCUCCUCUUCCCCCUUAGAAUAGCAGGGGCAAGAGCGAGUCAAAAUUGGCAACGGCAGGCCGUGGCUGAGCUUCUGCACGAAGUCAAAAAGCAGUUUGCCGUUGCUGAUGCGAUGCUUGUCGAACUCAACGAACUGUGGUCUUCAACCCCCAUUAAACCCGCCGAUUGGUUUUCCGUAGACAGCUAA